GUUUGGGAUUUAUAGGCGCGCGCGGUGCACACAGUAACCAUGCUUCAACCUGCUAGGAUUAUUCUUCUGAAAGAAGGCACUGAUUCAUCACAGGGGGUUCCACAAAUAAUAAGCAAUAUAACCGCUUGUGAAGCAGUUUCUGAUGCAGUCCGUUCCACGCUUGGUCCUCGUGGAAUGGACAAGCUUAUAAUUGAUGACAAAGGAAAGGCCACCAUAUCAAAUGAUGGAGCAACAAUUUUGAAGCUCUUGGACAUCGUUCAUCCCGCUGCGCGUACGUUAGUUGAUAUUGCACGUGCUCAAGAUGCGGAAGUAGGAGAUGGAACAACAAGCGUUACACUUUUGGCAACUGAGUUUCUGAAACAAGCAAAACCAUUCCUUGAGGAAGGAGUUCAUCCAUCUGUUAUUAUUCGGGCAUACCACCUCGGCGAGAAGAUGGCAUUAAAAAGAUUAGAAACUAUAGCUUGUCGCGUGAAACAAGAAAAUCAUAGUGAACAACGUGCUCUGUUGGAAAAGUUAGCUUCGACUGCCCUAAGCUCUAAGUUAGUAGCUGGACAUAAACAGUUUUUUGCCAAAUUGGUUGUUGAUGCUGUUAGUUUGUUGGAUUCAUAUCUGCCUUUGAAGAUGAUUGGGAUCAAAAAGGUUUCUGGUGGAGCAUUAGAAGAUUCAGUUCUGAUUGCAGGUGUAGCAUUUAAGAAAACUUUCAGUUAUGCUGGUUUUGAAAUGCAACCAAAAUCUUACAAGUCUCCGAAAAUUGCACUUUUGAACAUAGAAUUAGAACUAAAAGCUGAAAAAGAGAAUGCUGAAGUUCGUGUCAAUUCGGUAGAGAAAGUUGUUGAUGCGGAGUGGCAAAUUCUUUAUGAUAAGUUGGAUAUUUUGCAUAAACAAGGAGUUAAAAUUGUUUUAUCCAAGUUGCCUAUUGGAGACGUGGCCACUCAGUUUUUUGCUGAUCGCGAUAUGUUUUGCGCUGGUCGUGUACCUGAAGAUGAUCUAAAACGUACUCAAAUGGCUUGUGGUGGAAGCGUCCAAACAACUGUUCAUGGACUCACAGAUAGCGCGCUCGGAACUUGUGAAAUUUUUGAAGAAAUUCAGAUUGGAUCUGAAAGAUUUAAUAUAUUCAGAGGCUGUCCACAAGCUCAUACAUGCACAGUUAUACUUCGUGGUGGAGCGGAACAGUUCAUGGAAGAAACGGAAAGGUCGCUGCAUGAUGCUAUCAUGGUAGUUCGAAGAGCUGUUAAAAACGAUGCGUUUGUUGCUGGUGGUGGAGCCACUGAGAUGGAACUUAGUGGGUAUCUUCGCAAAGAAGCCCUUCAAAUCGGUGGGCGUGAACAGUUGUUGAUAAGCGCUAUGGCUAGAGCUUUUGAAGUUAUCCCUAGACAGUUGUGCGAUAAUGCUGGUUUGGAUUCAACCAUAAUUCUAAACCAACUUCGUCAUAGUCAUGCGAAAGGCGAUGUUUGGUAUGGUGUUAACAUUGAAAAGGAGUGUGUAUCUGACAAUUUUGAAAGUGGCGUCUGGGAACCAGCACUUGUAAAAAGCAAUUCUAUCAUAUCGGCUACUGAAGCUGCUUGUCUUCUGUUAAGUGUAGAUGAAACCAUCAAAAACCCGGAAUCAAAGGCUAAUGAAGAUAAUACACCUGUUCGACCUCCUGGAAUGAGGCAUUAACCAUCAUCUACGCCUUGUUUUUAAAUUAAUGAACUAAAAUAAAUCACCGUUUAUUAAUUUGUUCUUGCAAAUUUUUUCUGAAGUAUACUGGUCUAAUACCAUUCGUUUUAAUUCUAGAUUUCGGAAGUUUGUGUUACACUAAUUGUUUUUGUAGCUUAUUACUUAUUCAUCCUACUGGUUUUGGGAAUGUACAGUAAUACACUAUAACAACGAAGUUUCGAUUAUUUCAGUUUACGUAGUGCGAGAUACUGUAAACAAUAUUGGUCAUUUGUUGUCAGUUAGUGAAAGUAUUAUUUUUCCGACUGCGUUGUUGUUAAUGUUUACGUAUAAAUUUUGGACUUGAG